AUUAAAACAGUCACCGGCGGACUGCAAUAGCGACUACGUUGAGUUAAGGAGAGAACAAUGCAAACUAAACUUUUGUUGUGGAUGUGUUUCGCAUUUUCAUGGUUCACAUAUGGAUCGUUGACAAAUGUUUCUGUUCUCCCUCAAAUGGAGUGGGCAAAUUAUCGUUUGACUGGCCGUAUAGUUAAUGGAUCAAGAGCCGCUUUGCGACAAUUCCCACAUCAGGUGUCUCUUCAACGCAGCUGGUCUGGAAAUCACUUUUGCGGUGGAAGUAUUAUUAGCACCAAUCUAGUCCUUACCGCAGCUCAUUGUAUGUACAGUCGCGGAGCCGUUAUUCAACCGUGGUCAAUCAUUGUGGUUGGAGGAGUGAUAAAAUUGGAAGAGAAUGUUUCGACGAAACAGGAAAAGGGUGUGGACAGCAUCAGAAUUCAUCCCGACUUUGACAUCACCACUUUAUACAAUGACGUUGCCAUUUUGCGAUUGUCGGGAGCUUUCAAAUUCACUCCCGAACUAAGAAGUGCUUCUUUACCUAGCAAUUCUCCUGUACCUAAGACCGUAUGCCAAGUGUCUGGAUGGGGUUACCUGGACAGUAAUAUCCCGAUAGUGUCUAACGAUCUGAUGUACGUGGACUUGCCCGUUUUAUCAACAAAACAAUGUCGCGAACUGCUUAUAAACGUCACAGAUCUACCGGAGGGCAUGUAUUGCGCCGGUUAUAUCGAGGGCGGUCGCGAUGCCUGUCAAGGUGAUUCCGGCGGCGGUAUGGUCUGCAACAACGUUUUGACCGGAAUCGUUUCUGGUGGCGAGGGUUGCGCGCUUCCGGGACUUCCCGGCGUGUACACGGACGUUUUUCAUUACCUGGAUUGGAUAACGCAGACGGAAAGUGUUGUGAUAGUGCAAAGACACGAUUCUCUGUUGGCACAGUGAUACGCGUGUUUGACGUGAUCGAUCUCGAAACAACGACGAUUUUUUACGGAUUAAGGAGUACACACAAACGUUGCAAUUUAUGAACUCUAAUUUGUAAUCUUGCGUUUACAACAAGUGCUGAAAGUACACAAUGGCGUGUUCAAUUCUUACUGGAUGUACACACAAACACUUUAUUGGAAGUUUAAAGAAAAAGAAAACACCAACAAUAUUUACAGGCCGUUUAUUUUUAUUGUUUUUUUAUAAAGUCGUCGUAAGGAAUUGAGAGAUCGUAAAGCUGCUGCACACUCUAGUUUAAUUUCUUUUUGUUCGAUACUCAGAGAGUUAAUUGUUCUUCAAAAAACAAAAGAAAAAAGUAAAAACAAAAUAAAAAGUUUACUCUAAUUGUA